AAUAUAUAAGUUAUACAUCUAUAUAAAGUUUUUUGCCUCAAAUACCGUACGAACAAAACGAAGUAUUGAUAUAAAAUUAAAAGGUGUUUGUGUUAUGAAAAGUGCGCUAAAAAGUUAUAUUUUCCAUAAACACUGUCUGAACGCAUAUUAAUAAUAAUGCAAACAUCACCGGCAUCGACACCACAACCACAUCCAGUGAGUGCCAGCAUCUAUGCCAAAGAUGAUGGUAGAACUGCACUACAUUGCGAUGAUGAAGUUAUAUUCCGUCUGGGUCGUUUGGUCAGGGGUGGCGCUAAAGGACCUGGCAUAUUUUUCAUCAUACCAUGUAUUGAUUCAUAUUGCAAAGUCGACUUAAGGACAGUCAGCUUUGAUGUGCCACCACAGGAGAUCUUAUCGAAAGAUUCAGUGACAGUAGCGGUUGACGCCGUGGUCUACUAUCGGAUCAGUAACGCAACGGUAGCCGUGAGUAAUGUCGAGGACUACGGGCGCAGUACACGACUGUUGGCGGCGACGACACUGCGAAACGUAUUGGGAACCAGAGAUUUGUCGCAAAUACUCAGCGAAAGGGAGUCCAUAUCGCAUGUGAUGCAGUCCUCGCUGGACGAGGCGACCGACCCCUGGGGUGUCAAAGUGGAGAGGGUUGAGAUAAAAGACGUUAGACUACCGGUGCAACUGCAGAGGGCUAUGGCUGCCGAAGCUGAGGCCGCCCGCGAGGCCAGAGCUAAGGUGAUAGCAGCAGAGGGUGAACAGAGGGCCUCCAGAGCUCUCAAAGAGGCGGCUGAUGUCAUAUCAGACACACCCGCGGCUCUACAGCUCCGGUACUUACAGACACUCAGUUCUAUAGCGGCCGAGAAAAACUCGACUAUUGUUUUCCCC